CACAACGUGUAUAAUACACUUACCACUCAAAACAUGGGUUUCUCACUUUUUAUCCUUAUCGUAACUAUUGCAACCUCAGUUGCAUCUCCGAUCCACUUGCUAAUGCCACAUUCCGGCUCCGCGGGUCUCAAACACGCCGAUCUCAACUGCUUGAGCUGGCGGCUCGCCGUAGAGACCGACAACCUCAAGGGAUGGUCCCAUAUUCCCGAAUCAUGUGUAGACUAUGUCGGGCAUUACAUGCUUGGAAAACAAUACCGUGAGGAUUGUGAUCUUGUCGCGGCCGAAGCCUAUGAGUAUGCCAAAGGCCUUAACCUCACUGGAGACGGCAAAGACGUUUGGGUUUUCGACAUCGAUGAAACCACACUCUCUAAUAUCCCCUAUUACGCUAGGGAUGAUGUUGCUUUCGGGUUCAUACCAUAUAAUUCGACCAAGUUUAACCAAUGGGUGGCAGAAGCAACCGCACCUGCGAUACCAGGGUCUCUUAAGCUCUACGAACAACUUAUAGAGCUGGGAUUUAAGGUCGUGUUUCUCACGGGAUCGAGGGAAUAUUUAACGGAACCUCGUAGCCGAAAUCUAAAGGCAGUUGGUUAUACUCAGUGGGAAAAGCUCAUCCUAAAGGGAGACAAUUAUCAGGGUAAUGCAGUGGAGUACAAAUCAGGCAAAAGAAAAGAGUUGGAAGAGGCUGGAUACAGGAUUAGAGGGAACAUGGGUGAUCAAUGGAGCGAUUUGAUCGGUACCAACACCGGAGAUCGCACCUUCAAGGUGCCCGAUCCUAUGUACUACAUCGGCUAAUUGACUCGACUUCAUUCGUGCUUCUGUUUGCUUGUUUGUACGACUUCGUUUGUUUGUAUAAAUAAGACUUGUUCCAAGUCGAGUAAAGUAAACAAAGCACUUAAUGUGAAUGAUUAUUUUCUUUAAGGAGAAGAUGUAUGGUGGAGUUGAUGUUUUGUUA